CGCCCUCUUGUCUCUCCCUGGUCCCUGCUUCCGCUCUCUCUCUCUCUCUCUCUCUCUCUCUCUCUCUCUCUGUAAAACCUAGAAAUAGAAUCGGCACCUUCGCCCUUCCUCUGUCCUGCAGAAGCUAGAACCAGCACCAGGUGGCGCUACCGCGCUAUUCCACCGACUGUAGCAGCGCAACCCAACGCAUAUCUACAGCUAACUGGUGGUCCAGGCUUGCCGUUAGAGGGAGAUUUCUCAACUGCUACUUGGGCUGGGCUGCUUCUAGCCAUUGGAAUCCAGGGAUGUACGACAGUUUGGGAACUCAGUCUGGGGUGCCAAGACCCUCUCUGAAUCCCCAACCUAAUCCAUUUGGUAAUGCUUUCUAUGGAGCUGGUUCAGGACUCAUCCGAGGUGGACUAGGUGCAUAUGGAGAGAAAAUAUUGGGUUCAAGCUCUGAGUAUGUACAAAGCAAUAUAAGCAGGUAUUUCUCUGAUCCCCAGUACUAUUUUCAAGUGAAUGACCAGUAUGUCAGAAACAAAUUGAAGGUUGUCCUAUUCCCAUUUCUGCACAGAGGGCACUGGACAAGGAUAACCGAACCAGUUGGUGGUAGGCUCUCCUAUAAACCACCAAUUUAUGAUAUCAAUGCUCCAGAUUUGUACAUUCCCUUAAUGGCCUUUGGUACCUAUGUGGUUCUUUCUGGAUUCUUAAUGGGUCUUCUUGGAAGGUUUAGCCCAGAAGCCUUGAGUCUACAGUUCACAUGGGGACUUGGUUGUUGGUUUGGACAAGUCUUGGUGCUUAAAUUAAUGUUGUAUACAUUGGGAAGUGGAGAGGCCCCAUUGUUGGACAUGGUGGCAUAUGGGGGAUAUGCUUUUACAGGAGUUUGUGUGAAUAUACUUGGCAGGAUCAUCUGGAGCUUCUCUUACUAUUUUCUGAUGACUUGGACAGCCUUGUCCAUGGGGGUUUUCUUGGUUAAAACAAUGAAGAGAGUUCUGUUUGCAGAGGUGAGGAGUCAUGCUUCGAGUAUGCACAACUAUUGCUUGCUUUUGUUGGCUCUGGCUCAGAUCCCAUUGUUCAUAUUUCUAGGCUGGAUCAAGGCUUGAUUCUGACUUAAUUGCUUUUUGUUUAAGCUGUUAGUAACAGUACCCUAUGUAAAAUGUUAAUUGCAGUUUAGCUAUUUGGUUCGGCUUUAUUUCC